GACGGUGGGUUGUGCGCUUUGGUAGUGGUAGCUGGUGGCGGCUCUCGUGACUGUUUCUUCGAUUUGCAUAUUUCACCUUCCACCGUUCGUCGCGAGUUGGACGCUUCCUGCCGUCGCUUCCCCCCUCCUGCGGGAAAAGUGUCGCCGUCCUUUCGACUGGUGGCUGGGUAAAUUCUCGUGGCGUGUCAUUUUCGUCGCGUGAAAACAAAGGUUGAGACAAGGAGGCUUCAGAGACGGGAUUCUAACCAGCAGUGAUCCCGUCUCUUACGUUUUUUCCGCCGUUGCGUUUCACCUGAAACGCCAGGUCGACGGUCUCGCGGCUGGCCUCCGGAAUGUCGCUUUUGGCAACGUUUGGCUUUCCGCGGAACCUGAAAUCCACUUUUUUCGGGAAAGCGGGCGUUGUGUGGCAAGGCCAAAAUGGCGCCAAGCCACUGAGACAGACCAGCCUCUCUCGGGAACGGCGAUUGGACGACUGGGGUCUUGUUUCUCUCGUUCAUGUUGCUUACCUUUGUUGCCGUGUCCCGACGCCCAGAUUGUCGUGAUCGCAAAAGUCCUCACUCCUUAUGCAGCUGCCGGGGAGCUUCAACUGAUUCAACUGCAGCUCGGAAUUUGGGUGUACAUACACCCAGCGUCUUUCGUUGGUGAUCUCCAUGAACGCGAACGCAGCCUGAUUCCCGUGAACUGGACCGUCACUUUCGACUUCACUUCCCCGGUGUCUCACCGGCUGUAAGUUCCGUCUCGCUUUUCCCUCUUUUGUUGCGGGGAGUGGCUGGAGGAUUUUCCCCGCCGGUCUGUUUUCGUUUUUGCGGACGGGCAACGUGGAGUCGCGCCAGCUCCUACCUUCUUUGCUCAGAGGUGCAUCUGCACCUUCCUAGGUUUCCUCAACGACGUCGAGGCUGCCGAAGAAGCGCGUGAGUUCGGAGGGCUGCUUUCCUGCUUCCCCCGAAGCUGUUCUUGCGUUACUCUGGACAACUGCAGCAUGCAUGCGUCCGCCGAAAAACGCACAGCUCCCCCUUUUCUGCGCUUAUCCUACAUGCACGCUCGAACCGUAGCCGCGUUUCCCGAGUCCUCUCUUGUCCCUUGCAUGCGGGUUCCGUCUCCGCUCACUGCCGCUCCCUUGACGGAAUUCGACAGUGAGCGUCCACUCUAGCCGAAUCGGACUUUCGUUCACCAGGAGCCUCUGGCACAGAGUGUCUUUGGUUCCUCCCUAACCUGUCACCGAUUCCACCGUCAACCGUUCAGUCCGGAACGCACCUGGUGUCCGUGCGGUGUGUUUUCUCGUUUCGCCGCGUCCCUGGCCGUCUCGCUCGUGUCUCAUCUGGGCGCGAGUUGGCCCGCAGGCGGGGACAAAGAGCGUCACGCGCGCCUUCCCCUCUGGCAUUCCGAGUGAGUGCGACACGGUGAGAGUUUCCAGUCCAGAAAAGUCGGGAGUUGCGCGCUUAUCUCCUUGUUCGUCUGCCUUUCGCUUUCUGUCCAUUCGGGACGAAUCUUCCAAACUCGUCGUUGCUGGUGGGGCGCGUCUGAACCCAAGAGAGGCUCGUCUCGUCUGCUCGUCAACUCCAAGUUUUGUCUGAUUGUUCAACCGGUUCUCGCCGCAGAUUCCCCUCACUCCUUUUCUGGUUGCUUUGCUUCUCUCCUGUAUACGCUCACGCGUCUGUGGUGUCUAGCGCGCCUCGCGCAGGCAUUCAAAUAUACGUGAAGAGCGCAGAUGCAGACGUACUCUCUCCGACGUCUGAGCAAGUGCAGGAGUUUUUUCUGUUUCCUCGAGUUCUCGCCUUUCGCCCGCACGCGAAAGAGAAAGGACAGGCUCCGGAGUCUCAAUUCGGGCGGCGCGUAAAUGUAGCACAAACCUCUGCAGGUUUUUAUGCCGACGUAGUCCCCUGGCUACGUUGCUGCCAGGGGCGCCUUUCAAAGCUGUUCUCGGGAUUUCGCAGACUCCUUGUAGCUCUUGCGAUUCUCUCUUUCUGUGUCGUUCGUCAUCGUGGUCUUCAGCACAUGUCAGCUUCUUUCUAUGGCCGCAUCUGCGGGAGCCUGCGUCUCCAUCCAGUUCCUCCUCUUUGUUGUCUGCAGAGCGGUCUCUAGGCCUCGUUCUGGGGAGACGCCAAUCUGUUGUUCUGUGUUAUCCUCCCUCCGUCCUCGCAGAGUCCAAGAGCUCUCCUUGUAUAUGCAGUGCGUGUCAGCGUUGGCGAUUCUCUCCUAUUCUUCGUGCUCCUCCUUUCCGGCCUUCUUGCUGGAGCGCUUUUUUGUUUUCGGGAAUGCUUGCUGUGUUUCAGCAUCGGUUUCGUCCUCUGCUGAAACACUACGUCGUUUUCGAUUGUAAGGGGGAAAGCGCGUCGUGGGUUCUGUUUUGAGGACCGGCGAAAACGACCUGUUCGUUUCGACUGCACAUCUGUUUCGCUUUCCGGGGCCGUCAGGAGUUUGACUCCAGUUUGCAGAGCGUCUCUUCUUUUGCGCUGAAUACCCGCAGCGAACUGUUUGUUUUUCGCGUCUCUCCUCCUCUUCUCAGUCGUUUCGCGAGUCUCGUCUCGCCUGGCCCUUUAUCAAACCACCCAGGCGUUCGCCGCUGUUUCUCUCCGGCGAAACAGGCUGUUUCGAUUGUCCGGCGUCGUCUGCUUCUCUGUUGUGUGUUCGGUGUCUCCGGCACCCUGGCUCCGCGCCCUGACGUCUCUCUUCCCCCCGUCUGGAGGAGCUCAGCCCCGCUCUCUCUAUUGUCGUUCGCUCCGUCUCGUGCUCACUUCCAGCGCCCGGGAGAAGAUGGGCGGCGGCGGCCAGGGAAUCCCUCGCGCCGCGAAUCACCACUGCCACGGCGGGAGCAACGGCAGUGCUCAGACGCCCAGUCCGCCGACGGUCGUGAACAAAGUGUACAGAGUUGGCAGGAAGAUUGGUAGCGGUUCGUUUGGGUCGCUGUACGACGGCGUGGAUGUCCGCGACGGCCGCGAGGUCGCCAUCAAGCUUGAGCUCGCGAGCACCAAGCAUCCGCAGCUGAUUUACGAAGCGAAAAUCAUUCGCCUUCUGCAAGGCGGAGUUGGCGUUCCGGUCUGCUAUCACUACGGCGACGAGGGGGAGUGGCAUGUCAUGGUCAUCGAUCGUCUGGGUCACUCUCUGGAAGACUUGUUCAACCUCUGCAAGCGGAACUUCUCUGUGGAGACGGUGCUUCAUCUCGGCAUUCAAAUGCUAGACAGAAUCGAAUACAUCCACAAGCACCACUGCAUCCAUCGAGAUAUCAAGCCGGAUAACUUUCUCGUUGGCCGGGGUGAAAACGCAAAUGUCGUUUAUCUCAUCGACUUCGGACUUGCGAAGAAGUUCCGUGACCACAGCGGCAGACACAUCGUCUACAAAGAAGGGAAAAACCUCACUGGAACUGCUCGAUAUGCUUCACUGGCAACUCAUCUCGGCAUAGAGCAAGCGCGUCGAGAUGAUCUGGAGGGGUUGGGGUACGUCCUCAUUUAUUUUCUUCGAGGUUCUUUGCCAUGGCAAGGCCUGAAAGCGACUUCGAAGCGCGACAAGUACAGCAAGAUUACACACACAAAAAUGAAUGUGGAUAUCAACGCACUGUGUGAGGGCCUUCCCUCGUGCUUCUCAGAGUUUCUCUCGUACUGUCGAGCGCUCCAGUUCACAGACGCCCCCAACUGCAGAUACCUGCGGCGCCUGUUGACAGACGCUCUGGCCGAACGUCGCUCACGCAAAUUUGCGUUUGAUUGGGCACCGCUGUUGCCUGCAUGCUGCUGCUGCAUUUGUCGUCCAGCGGCUGCGCCCGCUGCUCUGUCUCCGUCUCUGCCCCAUCCAGGCAUCUCCGCUUCGCCCCACAUUUUGCUACCUCAGCAGGCGUCUCACCUGGUGCUCCACGGGGCGUACGGGCCCGUGGUGUCUCCGCGGAGGGGUCAGGCUGUCCCCGUGUCUCUGGCCGCGCGGGCUGGGGCUCCAGCCGGGGGCCGGUGCGGGGCCGUUGUGGGCCCGGAGGAGCGUGUCUUCUUGGGGCUCGGGGACGAGAGGCCUCGCGGGUCUCCGGGCGCUGUGCCGUGUGGGAAGAAGGAGGGAAAUGGGUGCGUCGCGGACGAGGAGAAACUCGGCCAAAAAGAGCGUGGAGACCUGGGGGGCCUGCGCUACAAUGUUGGCAAACAAGGGGGAGGCGUGCCGCCUCAAGCUGGCGUGACGCCGUGCUUCAGCGGGCCUCUUUGUGCCUCGCAGGCCUUGCUGGUCUCUUCCCUCCCGCUGCUCAGGGCCUCACAGGCUGCCGGCGGGAUGGCGACGCCUGCCGGGACCCACGCGCCCGCGCGCUUGUCUCCGGGCCUGGGCCCUGGGCCCGUGGUCGUCGGGGUCGCCCAGUCCCUGGGGCUCGACUUGGCGGUCGCGGCGGCCAAGGUCGGAGGCGCCGUGGACCUCGUUGCAUGCGCUCCGGCGGGAGUCGCGCCCCUUGGAGACGACCGAGUCGGGCGGGCCUUUUUCGAGACACAGAAAUCCCACUUUCACGCGGUGCUCCAUUAGAGGGGAGACAGUGCGCGCGAAAGUCACCGGAACACAAACCUGUGCACACAAGCGCAUGUGAAGACACACACACUGGCCUCUUUUCAAAUUGCGCGGGUCUGUUCGGAAAGAGAUGCAUUUCUUUUAUUAGAAGUAUCUAUGUAUAAAUGUAUGUAUAUAAAUUUAUGGGCGCGUACGUAUGUUACUAGGAUGUUCUAUGCGUCUUUUGAUGCAUACAGCAAAGCCUUUGUGGCGGCCUUGCAGGCGGGCGAAGCCGUCGCCGAGGCCGAUCGUAGGGGACUUCGGAGGGUCCUCACAGUUUGCAGGGACAGUCGCUCGUCGUGCGUGGCACAGUCGUGAGAGUCAAAGUCGCACGAGAGAAACUUUUGGUGCUUAGCAUGUCUGCGGUCGGCGCUCUUGGCCUCGCCAGCCGCCCGACUGGGGCGCAAACCACCUGCCGACUGGCUUUGCACACGCUGUGAAACGCGCGCAAAGUUUGUACAGAGAACACCAGUUGAGGCGGGGGUGGACACUGUUUUGGCGCAUAGAGGACGGCAGACAAUGCCAAGGCAGUCGAGGUGCCAAUGUCAGUCGAGAAAGAAUGCAAGUGGCAAGGAAGAGUAGAGAAGGCGGAGUUUCGAAAAUCGAACUUCGAAUGUCGUGGAGGGAAAGUGAAGGAGACGUGGAGGUUGUUGGUUCUCGUCAAACGGCGAGAGCCACACGCAGACGCCAGAGAAGAAGAGGCUGAAAAGCGAGCUAAAAUGGAGAAGAAGGGAGAAUAGAGUGAAGGAGAGGAGCAGAAGUAGAGCGCGUACGCCUCGUUGUCGCUGUUAUGAACCGUUGGACUUUGAGAAUUCUUAGACAUUCGCGUUCUCGUUGGUUCUCUGUUUCGUCCUCUGUUGUCGACUUGGUUUUGAGCCAUUUCCUCUCCAGUGUUUUUCCCUUUCGUCUGUCGUUUUCUUUUUGUGAGGGAAGCAAAGUUCCGCAAGGAACCACGAGGAGGCAGUGUGUGCCAGCUAAGACCGAAGUGGACAAGACAGAGUGGGUGAACGGUGGAGAGGUCGUUCUUUUUGCCGCGUUUUUGUUUUCUAGACCCUUUACAUCUCGGGGCUCUUCAAAGUGUCCCCCACUCGCUCCUCUCCGUGGUAUGCGGGGAGCGCUCAAAGCUUGACGAGUUCGUGUGACCCUUCUUUCCUGCCCUCCUCUACACACUUUGAUGGUUAAUUGCUUUGCUUUCAACCGUCGCUGUUGCUUCUGCCCUUCUGCGAGUCUUUUGUGUUUGUCCAAUUCGGUGCCCCCUCUCUCGAGUUCCCUCUGCUAGACGUUUGUCUUCUUUCGAGAAAGAGGAAGCGAGAAGGGAACCGAGCGUGCCAAGCGGGAAAGAAAGCCGGGACGACCGCGAGGCAGAAAGAAAGAGAAACGGGAGACAGUGCAGCGGCAGAAAGGCGAGUGAGGGAAAAUGACAAGGCAGAAAAAACGACAAAGAGAGUCGGGGAAAAGGGGGAUAUGAAAGACAUGGGGACAGGUCGCUGUGGCAAGGAGGGACGCUUUUUGCAGUCUGUUUUCAUUUGAGCAAUUGUGCCGAGAUUCCGUGAACAACCAAUAGUUGGUGUAUCACGGAGUCGCAGGUGGACACUUUCCUUCAAGGUCAUAGUUUCUCGUGCGACAGUUUGAAAUUUUUUCUUCUGCUAUCCAGCCAAAGAUUCUUCCGAUUGCGUUUCGCCUGUUGAGACUGAAAAGCUUGGUCUGCACGCUGAAUCUGUCUACGCUGCCUUACAGCCUUCUAGGUCCUCACGCAAGCCACCUGCAAUUCUUUGAGAAACCAAAGUCAUAAGAGGACUCAGCUUAGAGCACACCGGUAACA